AAUCUCUCUCACAAUAUGCUCCUCAGUUUUAUUCCCUCUACUUUGGAUGAUAUGUUAAGCUUAACAUCUGUUGAUGUGUCUUACAAUCAGUUAGAGGGUCCUCUUCCACACAACAAGGCCUUUCGAGAGGCUUCAUUUGAGUCUUUCAGGAACAACAAAGGCUUGUGCGGAUAUAUCACAGGUAUGGAACCAUGUUCCUCGUAUUUAAACCAUAAAGUUGAGCAGAAAAAGAACAGCAAAAUUGUGAUUGCAACUCUAGUCCCUAUUUCAUGCGCACUGCUAGUUGCAUUUAUCGUCUUUGGGAUUCUUUCUUUUUCACAACGAAGAGAAAGGAACACUGAGAACACGCCACGAAUAAUAGCAAGUGAUAAUCUAUUUGCAAUUUGCAACUUUGAUGGGAAAAUGGUGUACGAGGACAUUGUUGAAGCAACUGAAAAAUUCGACUCCAAAUACUGCAUUGGAAUCGGGGGAUAUGGAAGUGUUUACAAGGCACGAUUGUCUAGUGGUCAAAUGGUUUCUGUGAAGAAACUUCAUCCACUUCCAAAAGGUGGGGUGGCGGAUCAAAAAGCUUUUUACAGUGAGAUUCAGGCCUUGACUGAAAUACGCCAUCGCAAUAUUCUGAAACUUCAUGGUUUCUGUUCACAUCCCCGACACUCGCUUCUGGUAUACGAGUUCUUGGAAGGGGGAAGCCUGGAGAAGAUACUAAAGACCGAUGAACAAGCAGCGAAGUUCAAUUGGAUUAAGAGGGUAAACGCCGUUAAAGGUGUGGCUAAUGCUGUGUCCUAUAUGCACCAUGACUGCUCCCCUCCUAUAGUCCAUCGUGACGUUUCGAGCAAGAACAUUCUGCUAGAUUCAGACUAUAAGGCUCAUGUUGCAGACUUUGGCGCUGCCAGGAUUCUAAAGCCUGACUCAUCCAAUUGGACCUCAUUCGAAGGCACUUUGGGUUACACGGCUCCAGAGCAUGCUUAUACAAUGAAAAUCAUCGAAAAAUGUGAUGUCUUUAGCUUUGGAGUGGUGACAUUAGAAACGCUUAUGGGAAGACAUUCUGGGGAUAUGAUAUCUUUGCUGUCAUCAUCAUUUUCUUCACUCCCACCAUCAUGCACAUCAUCGGAAGCAACCUUUAGUCAUUUACUACUGAAAGAUCUGUUAGACGAGCGUCUUCCAUCUCCAAGUAGACAAGCAGCAUCAGAAGUUGUCUCCAUUGUAAAACUAGCAUCUCAAUGCUUACGUUCCAGUCCACAAUCUCGACCAAGUAUGCAACAAGUUUCUCAAGAGCUUUCAACUCGGAAUCCACCCUUAUUGGAGCCGUUUCACGCAAUAACAUUAAGCCAAUUGCUUGAUUUGAGCAGUUAUACAUCUUGAAGACUGCACAUGGAAUUACUCCCUUUUUUCGUUUUUCCUGUUCUGAUUUG